AUAAAGAUGCUGUCGUAAAAUCUGAUCAGAAGGUCGAGCUCUAGUUUGAAGUACGAACGUUAUAGGGAUUGUUUUAAAAUAUCUCUGAUUUUGUGUUAUUAUUAACCAGAACACAAGAAACCUUUUACGGAAUUUUACAUGAGUUUCCAACGACAAUCCCUCUUCUUGAUUCGUAUUUUGUCAACUGGAGUUUAUAAUCUUCAUUGAACUGUUAUCUGCAAUACAGUUAUAAUCUAACAUAAUAUAAUAUUAUCAUUAUCCGUUAACGGUGACCACUUUAAAAUGGCUUUAUAUUAAGUGGUUAUUUUUGUUCUUACCAAUCAAAUACUAUCUCUGAGGGCAAACAGUCGGCACAUGGAUGGAGCGUCUGUGAACGAAAAACUACACGUGUUUGAAGACAUUGCGGAUGAUACUACAUACACCCAUUGGUUAGAUUCAAUGACAUUGAAGGAGGAUGCAGUACGUAAGCAUAUGGUGGGACCUGAGACACCAAACUACUGCUCGACGUGUACAUGCUCACAAUAUAAUGAGCGUCUGUACGUGGAUUGCGCUGAUAAAGGUCUCAAAAAUGCAUUCGAUGAUAUUAGUCGAAAAACUGUUGACCUUAAUUACACAAAGAAUGAUAUUGUAAAUGUGACCUAUGGCAAUUUUCGUGGCUUGACACUAUUGAAAGUCCUGAAGCUGUCUUAUAAUAAAAUACGGGAAAUAGCCAAAGGUGCGUUUAGGGACCUUACAAAUCUUACAGAUUUAUAUAUAGACAACAAUUAUAUGGUUACGUUGCAAACAGGUAUUCCGGAAGGAACAUUAGAUUCUUUGACAAAUCUUCGUCUGCUUGUCAUGCAUGGAAAUGUGUAUAUAUGCGAGGCUUCAAGGCUAAACGGGCGGACAUUCCAGCGAUUGAACAACUUAAAGUUUCUUGUCAUCGACGGAUUCAGACAGAUGAAAUUUGACGAUCAUUUUCUUAAUACGCGUUUGUCCACCUUAAUACUAAUAGGCCCACCUUAUGGAUGUGCAUUAAACGUUGUAGAUUAUGAUAUAUUUGAUGGUUUGCUGCAUCUUGAAAAUCUCUCCAUGAGGGAUUGUAACAUAUCAUCCAUUUCGCCGGUAGCUCUCGCACGUCUGAAAUCAUUGCGAUACCUGGAUAUUUCACAGAAUUAUCAAUUGGGAAUGCAGCACGUGUUAGGUCCUGUUGCGACAGCUUUAAUGGAUAGUGAUAUUAAAAUACUGAAAAUGAACUUAGUUUCUAACCCUUAUCAGGAAGUUAAUAGAUUAGAUAAUGAAAAUUUGUUUUACAUUAAUCAGCUAAAUCUAACGGAAUUGUAUAUGGAUUCAAACUCUAUUGAAAUGAUAGAUUUUAACAAUCCCCUUUUUUCAAAAUAUUCCACUCUCAAAGUGUUGCGUUUAAAACGAAACUCUCUUUUUUAUGGUUUAUUUGUCGAAUCACUUGUAUGGAAUAAUCCUAGCAUUGAAGUGCUAGAUUUCGGAAAUCAAUUUCCGUUUAACAAUAUUAUACAUUUUCCUGUAGAAAAACCCCGUCGCAGUACGAUACGAUAUUUAAAUGGUUCCACUUUAAACCUAAAGAAAUUUAUAUUUACCGGCGCGAAAUCUGUUGUUAAGAUUUUAAUGUUGGGGGACUCUGAAAAUACUAUAGAAUAUAUUGACAUUUCCUGUAAUAAUAUCAACAACGAAUUUGAACUGCCAUCUUUAUUGUUUUUGACGUUUCUUAAAAUAUCAAACAACUUUAUUGAAAAAUUGUCAGAAUCAGUAUUUAGAGCUACGCCAUCUUUAAAAUACCUGGAAAUGCAAGAUAAUAUCCUUGGUUUCGAAUUAGGAUCUGCCAAAGCAGUCAAUAUGUUUGUACAUCUAAAACUUCUAGAAACCAUUAAUAUGUCAAAAAAUAGAAUUUACAGUUUAACAAGUUCGCUGUUCUCUCAAUGCGUCAGUUUACAGAAAAUCGAUCUUUCGGAAAAUUACCUUGACAUCUUUGACCUUAAUUUACAUAAUUUAAGAAAUUUGUCAGUCCUGAAUCUGAGAAAUAAUCGUCUUCAAACUUUAUCUGAACCCGUUCGAGUAUAUCUGUCUGACAUGACAUCUGCACAUGCAGUAAUGGUUAACUUACAGGACAAUAAAUUGGCGUGUAAUUGCGAAAACAUCGAAUUCUUGAGAUGGCUGUUAAAAACAAACGUUUCUGUAACAGGAAAGCACUUUUAUAAUUGCUACUAUAAUAAUGCUAGUAGAUCUCGCAUUGAGUCAAGUACAACUGAUGCUCUAGUCACUCAGUGCUAUACUUAUUUAUCCUUAAUUACAUCACUUACAGCUAUUAUCUCAGUCUUUGUCGUCAUCAAUAUUUCGGGAAUUAUAUUUAGGUACCGCUGGCAUAUUGUCUAUUGGUACUACCAUGUCGUGAAACGUCGAGAUAUUACUAUGGAUGCACCACACGACAUGUUUCAGUAUGAUGCGUAUUUAGCCUAUGACGAUCAUGAGACCAGUUUAGUUGUAAGGACUAUACACACAAAGCUUGAAGUUGAAUCCAACCUGAGGCUGAAUAUUCGAGACCGCGACUUUCCACUUGGUGAUAUCAAUGCUCUGAAUAUCGUCGAAGCAAUCAGCUCGAGCAGAAAAACAAUUUUGCUUCUAAGCAGACAUUCUCUUAAGAACAAAUGGUUUAGGUUUGAAAUAAACAUUGCUAUCAUUGAAGCCAUUACCACGAAUCGACCGGUUACUGUAAUUGUGUAUGUGGAAGAUAUUCCACUUCGCUUUCUACCGAAGGAAGUUAGUAAACUUCUGCAAGAUUCACCGGUUUUAGAUUUUCCAAAGGACACAGAUGCUUCCCAAAACGCGUUUUGGAACAGUUUGAAAGACUGUAUUAGCCGGUGACGUAAAAGUGAAUAUUUGUGUAUACAAAUGUUAAUUGUAUUUACAAUAAACUGUACAUACAUUAAAGCACACAUGUUUGGACAUGGGGAAUGUUUGUAGUCAUAUUGGUACUUGCAAUUGUUUUGUCACUAGUUUGUGUGUUUUGUUUACAAAGACAAAAUUGUGUUGUAUUAUAAUGGUUUUAUUAGAAUUUCAAUCUGCAUUAUAUCACUGAUGUUAUAUUAUGUUCCAAUCAAUUGACUAAAUUUCAGACUAACUUAUACAUUAUUGACAGCCUUGCAGUCACAUUUUUCAAGAGACAACAGAAUACGCACAAAACGUGUACAUGGUGAUUCUGAUAACAUAAUUAUUAGUGAAUGUGCAAUAACAUUAGUAUUAGUGAAUGGGCAAUAUCCAAACACUUAAUCAUGGAUGAUAACUACAUUGUAUGUUCUAAUUCUUAUAUUUUACGAGAUCCCUGAUCCUAUAAGUGAGCUACCAUAUUACAUGUAAGUGCAUAUGCGCUUUGAAUAUUCUUUUGUUUGCUUGACCAAUACAUUAAAGAAUGUAUCGAUUAUUACCUGGAUUGUCCUGUUGAUUAUACAGUGUUUUUAUUUGUUCUUCUUUUUGUAGUUUUUAUCAAAUAUAACUUUUUGUAUUAUUUAUAUUAUUAAAAAUUUCAUUUUUUAAUAUUCCACAUUUUUAUUUAAAAUGACAUUGUAUGAUUACUUAUAUAAGAUUUGACAGUGAAAUAAAAAAAUCCCAUCUUUUAAUUUCUUUUAUCUGAUAAUGUCUGAAUUGAUUGGUGGGGUCGAUCGUUUAAGAGCAAUGAUUAACACAUUUUACUUAAUGUCACCAAUUAAAAUAACAUAAUUUGAAUGUGUUCUUGAUAUUUAUUACCGUAUAUCGUUUCUAUAAUAGA